UGGAGUUUCUAAAAAAUCUUGAAAUUGGGUUCUUAUGGAAAAACUUUCAUUCUUUACUAAUUUGAGUCAUUUCCGUUUUCAGUUAAAUGGAGAGUUGGGUAAUUAGAAAUGUGGUAUCUCCUCAUUUAAGUGAUUUGUUAGAUGACGAAGAUCAAGAACUAGAAGAGAUUCGGAGAGAGCAAGAUGAGAAGGAACAGAUGGCUUUGUGUCGUAUAACAGGAUUGUAUUGGAGCAAUUGAUGGCACGCAUGUUAAACCUAAAUUACCGCAAGGUCAAGAGAUACCAUAUAUUGGACGUAAAGGUUAUCCGACUCAGAAUAUUCUCGCCGUUGUUGAUUUUAAUAUGUGUUUUACAUUUGCAUGGGCUGGGUGGGAAGGAGCAGCUCACGAUAGUCGUAUAUUUGCUGAGGCCCUUCGUAGGCAAGAGCUCAACUUUUCACAUCCACGCGGAAACAAAUAUUAUCUAGUUGAUGCAGGAUAUUCACACAUGAAUGGAUACAUGACUCCAUACAAAGGAAAUAAUGUGAGAUAUCACCUAGCUGAAUUUCGCCGCAGUGCAACUCGACAAUUGCGAGAGCCAAGAGGACGCAUUGAGAAAUUUAACUAUUUACAUUCUUUUUGUAGAAAUGUAGUAGAUCGCACAUUUGGCGUUUGGAAAGCAAGAUGGUCUAUUUUGAGAGACAUGUCAUACUAUCACAUUGACACACAAAGGGACAUCGUACUUGCUACUAUGGCUAUUCACAAUUUUAUUAGAAAGAAAUGCAAUGUGGAUGAUGCAUUCCAAACAGCCGAGAAUGAGAGCUAUAUUCCAUCGGUUGAUUCUAAUAAUACUGGCACAACUUCAAGAGCUAACAAUGUAGAUGUCGAAGACGUAGGAGAACAAAAUGAUGUCUAUUAGAUGGGGUUUCGUGAUAUGAUUGCUAGUGACAUUUCUAAUGCUUGAUGCUUGUAUUAUAUGAAUAUUUUUCACUUCUUGUAUUUAUAGUGGAGUGCUUUCGGCUGUAUUAGCACUUUUAUUUUGUGUCAAAUUCUCCAUAUUUGAAAUAUGAAUCGUAUUAUCCUUUUGUAUAAAACAUGAA